AUGACAACACGUGCCAAAGGCGAAAUCACUCCUCUUCCCCCCUCUCUCUCUCUCUUUCUCUAUAUCCCUCUUUCUCUCUAUUUCUCUUUCUCUCCCUGUCUUCUUUUUUUUCCCUCUUCAUUCCCUUUGUUUUUCUCCGUUCUUAAUUUUUUUUGUUUGUUUUGUUUUUUGCUCCUUUUAUUAUUGUUUAUAAUUUCUUUUUUUCUUUCUUCCUUCCUUUCAUUUUUUUUUUUUCAUCCAUUUUCCUGGAUUUCUUACGUUUUUACUUCUUUUUUAUAUUUAAUUUUUUCUUCUUUUUCCUCUCUUUAUUCUUUCCGUCUUUAUUUUUAUUCUUCAUUGUCAUCGACGUUAAAGAAAACUGCACGAGAAUUCCCGCUCCUUUCUUCUUCUUCUUCUUCUUCUUCUUCUUCUUCUUCUUCUUCUUUUCUAUCUUAUGCAUUUCCUGUUCGUUUCUAUCUAUUUAUUGUUUCUCUUAAUAUUUUAGUUUUUUUCCUUUCUUUCUUUUGCUAUUUUCUCUUCCAUCUGUUUCUCAUCUCACUCUCUUUUUCAUUCAGCUUUAUUAUAUUUCUUCUUCUUUUUCUUCCUUUUUUAAUACAUUUCCUUUACUCUAUCAUUUUACUUUCUUUUGCUGUCUUUUUUUUCUAUUUCUGUAUUUCUUUGUUUCUUUCUUUCUUCCACUCUUUGGCAGUCGAUUCUUCUUUCGUACCUGAUCUUUAUUUUUUUAAUUUCUUUUUCUUUCUUUCUUUCUUUCUUUCUUUCUUUCUUUCUUUCUUUCUUUCUUUCUUUCUUUCUUUGCGCUAA